AUGACACAAAACCUAGCAAUGGAUUCAACAUCAUCACUUAGCAAACUCCACAUUCUAUGCAUCCCUUUCCUCGCACCAGGUCACAUUCUUCCCAUGGUUGACAUGGCCAAGUUAUUGGCUAGGCAUAAAGUGAAGGUAACCAUAAUCACCACACCCCUCAAUGCAAUUCAAUUCAAAACAAACAUCAAUAAAGAGAUUGAAUUAGGUUCACCAAUCCAACUUCUAGAAGUGAAAUUUCCAAAUGAGGAAGCUGGAAUUCCAAUGGGAUGUGAAACCCUAGAAACACUUCCUUCAAUGGAUCUCAAAGGAAAUUUCCUAAUAGCUGUAAAUCUUCUGCAGAAGCCAAUAGAAGAGCUUUUUGAAAAGCUAGAACCAUUUCCAAGUUGCUUAAUAGCUGAUAAGCAUAUUCCAUCUCUAGCUGAUACAGCUAUCAAGUUCAAAAUUCCAAGAAUAAUAUUUGAUGGUACUAAUUGCUUGAACCUCUUUUGCAAUUACAGUAUUCAUACUUCUGGGGUUUCUGAAUCUCUCAAUUAUUCUGAUCAAUUUGUUAUCCCUGGAUUGCCACAUGAAAUUACAAUGAAAAAAUCUCAACUUCCUAUGGUAUUUAGGCCCGGUCCAAACGAGUUGUUGAAUAGUUUGCGUCAAAGAAUACAUGAUUCAGAAGAUGAAGCAUAUGGGAUAGUGGUGAAUAGUUUUGAAGAGUUGGAAGAUGGUUACGUCGAAGAGUAUCAAAGAGUUACCGGACGUAAGGUAUGGUGUGUUGGUCCUGUUUCAUUAUCGAAUAAAGAUGAUAUAGAAAAAUCUCAAAGAGGGGGUAAGAAUUUAACAAUUGAUGCAAAUGAAUAUGUGAAUUGGCUUGAUUCAAGGCCUCGAGAAUCAGUGAUUUAUGUUUGUCUCGGUAGUCUUAAUCGCGUAACACCUAAACAAUGGAUAGAAAUUGGUUUAGGGUUAGAAGCAACCAAUAGACCAUUCAUUUGGGUGGUGAGAAAAUCAUAUAAGUGGGAUGAAGUGGAAAAGUGGCUAUUAGAAGAUGGAUUUGAAGAGAGGGUGAAAGGGAGAGGAAUUUUGGUUAGAGGUUGGGCACCACAAGUUUUGAUAUUGUCACAUAGAUCAAUAGGAGCCUUUUUGACACAUUGUGGAUGGAAUUCAACAUUGGAAGCUAUUUGUGCUGGUGUACCAUUAGUAACAUUUCCUAUGUUUUCUGAUCAAUUUUACAAUGAGAAGUUGGUUGUACAAGUGAUUGAGACUGGUGUGAGGUUGGGAGUUGAAAAUGCUGUGAACUUUGGAGAUGAAGAUGAGUUUGAUGAUGGUGUUCAAGUGAGUAGGGAAAAGGUUAAAGAGGCUAUAGAGAUGGUGAUGGGGGAAGGGGAAGGGAAAACUGAGCGGAGAGAAAGAGCUAAGAAGUAUGCUGAUAUGGGAAAGAAAGCAAUUGAAGAAGGUGGUUCUUCUUAUCUCAACAUGUUGAAGUUAAUUGAAGAUGUCAUGCAUUUCAAAUCAAAUGUCUAA